AUGAACCCACCGCCACCACUGAAACCAUCUCCCCUACCACAAUCGCUGUGGCACACAUUGAACAUAGACAUUCUAGGACCGUUACCAAAUCGCUCGCACUUACUGGUAGUAAUAGACCAACGUACACGCUUUCCCGAAGUAGAAAUCGUGGGUUCAACAGCUGCUUUACCGACUUUGGGAGCUCUCGGUAAAAUUUUUGCAACGCAUGGACUCCCUCAUAAAAUCAUUUCUGAUAACGGCAGUCCAUUUCACAGCAACGAAUUUAAACGCUACAUGCAUGCUAAAGGAAUAGAUCAUCACAGAAUCACACCGCUACAUCCGAAAGCAAAUUCAACUGCCGAAAAUUUUAUGCGCAACCUUAACAAAACCCUACGGAUCGCUACAAUAAAAGGGAAAUCUUGGAAAAUCGCACUGUAUAAUUUCUUGUGA